AUGGUGGUUAAUCUUUCUCUGAUACGAGCGUGUUCUGAUGCCUUUGCUUUAGGCUCUAUCUUCUUUAGCGGGGAUGUUCUGCCAACUUUAGUGGUGGAGGUUGCACGUCACUUCAUGUAUAUUGAAACACAGAAUAAUGGUCCCUGUUACAUUCUAUAUACUCCAAAUGUUAAUGGUUGGAAAGAAGAUUUCAUUGUUCCCACCACAAGAGGGUCUUCAAUGAUCAGAACAAUCCACGUUAGGGAGAUAUUCUCACUUUCACAAACAGUUGUUGCCAUAGAGUGA